AUGCCUUGGGACCUUGUCACACUGAAUUCCGAUACCGCUCAAGGUUACAGAAAUGAGGGGGAGGUGGGUAUUGCCCUUCACGAAAGCAGUUUAUCCCGCGGGGAGGUAUUCAUUACGACGAAAUACUCUGGCUUUGAUGGGCUCGACAUCCCCACUGCGAUCAGAAACAGCAUCAACAACAUCGGCACACCUUACGUGGACCUAUACCUCAUUCAUAACCCACGCCUCGCGGUACCGGACAUCCCAACAGCGUGGGCACAGAUGGAGAAAGUGGUGGAGGAUGGACUGGCAAAGAGUAUUGGUGUAAGCAACUUCGGCGUACAAGAUUUGGAAGUUCUGCUGGCGUCGGCGAAAAUCAAACCUGCGGCAAACCAGCAACAGGCGCCUAUAGUGAAGUAUGCUGCUGAACAUGGCAUUGUCAUCGAGGCAUACAGUGCCCUCCAACCCAUUACGAAGGAACCUAGUGGCCCAUUAGACGCACCGCUGAACGAGAUCGCCACUCGACUGGGGGCAACUACAGACCAGGUACUUCUCGCUUGGACGAAGGCAAAAGGCGCAGUUGUCGUCACAACUAGUUCCAGGAAGAUCCGUUUAGAAGGCUAUCGAGAUGCAGGCGAUAUUAAACUUUCAAAGGAGGAUAUUGCUGCGAUUGAUGCUGCUGGGGCGUUGGGCGAAAAACGAAUCACUGCUAGAAUGGGGUUGCGGAAGUUCGCCAUUGGUGUUUUAGUUGGGGUUGUGGUGUUGGGCCUUUGCAGUUAUUUCGGAAUAAGGGUUGACAUGGACGUGCCAGUCUGCGAUGUCGCUGCCAGCCUGCAUUGUCCGAAAUUGGAAUGGUGGCGGUUAAACAAACUAUGCUGCACUGCAGUUGAUACGCAGCAAAUUUGUUUUUCGCACAGCAACGCACCUUUGACAACAACCAUCAUGUCUCCCAUCUCCAGCCAGCCCAAGACGAGCACUAUGGAUAUGCACGGUCCUUUCACAACGGACGAGAAGAGAAGUCGUCCAUGCCAGCACGAUGACCACAAUAUGAAUUACCCAUGCGCCUUGCUGGUCACGGCCUACUGCUCCGAAAUUGGCGAUCUGCUGGGAGCACUUGGACUUGGUCAUGGCAUAUCGCUAGACAAGCGUAGUAGCUCAAGCUUCACGAGCAACAAAUUGUACCUAAUUAUCAUUUUCGUCGGCCUUUUCCUCGUCCUUAUAGCAGCUAUAAUGCUCAGUUUCUGGUGCUGCAAAGGUUCUUUCGAGAAUCCCCUGUGUUGUCCAUGCUACUUGUGUGCAUGUUGCGGUGGUCUCGCAUGUUUGGAGUGCAUUGGCUGUGGCCUCUGCGCAGCAGGCCUCGACGAAGCCCUAUAG